UCGCGCCCUAUGACCUGUAUUUUGGCGGGAAGUCCGGUAGAAAGUAAGACUUGUGAUUGUGAACUGUUCACAUAUCUCUCCAAAAUGCAGUUUUCAGGCAACCGCACGAAAAAAAGUCGGCGAACGGUAACACUGACGGGGGGAAGAAACGAGAAGCAAUACCCACACAACCUCCAGUUCUACAAAAUCCCUCCAACCGAGACAGUGUCGCUGGAAGAGUUUGAGACCUUUGCGAUUGAUCGACUCAAAGUCCUAAAAUCUGUGGAGAGUGCAGGAAUCAAGUACAUGAAAACAUCUGAGCAGUACCAGACCAAACUGGAGCAGGACAUCAAGAAACUCAUGCCCAUUGCUGUCAGGAAGACUGAUGUGGAUGGUGGGGUGCAGGACAAAGACUAUGAUGACAGGAGAAAGGACCACAUCUCUCACUUUAUCCUCAGACUGGCCUACUGUAAAUCUGAAGACUUGCGGCGCUGGUUCCUGACCCAGGAAAUGGACCUGUUUCGCUUCCGCUUCCAACAGGAGUCGAAGGAUGCCAUUGGUCACUUUCUACAGCUGAAUAACUUAGACUAUCAGCCUAUCCCAGAGGAAGAGAAGAAGGCCCUGCGUGAUGAACUUAAAUCAUCAUCUUACGAGAUGAAGGGAGACAAGUUUGAGACUACUGACUUCUACAAGGUGCCAUUUCAGGAAGCCCUAGACCUGGUGCGAGCAAGGAAAGUUUACCUGAAGAAGGGCUAUGUGUACGUGCCCCAGAGUGAGCUGGUGUCCAUCAUCCUCAGUGCCUUCAGGGAAAACCUAUCCAAGGCUCUAGCAGUAAGUCCAGUUUACAUUCUCAUCUGUUCCCAUGUCUACAAGCUUGUUGUACCUCAACCCCACAGUACUCAGUACCUGGGCCAGGACUACAGUAACAGAAAGUCCACAGCUGGGAAGGUGGCACCUGAGGAUAUUGAACCUCUGUCAAAGAAGUCCUUUCCUCUCUGCAUGCGAAACCUUCAAGAGACCUUGCGCCGGGAGCACCACCUUCGUCACGGUGGCCGUAUGCAGUAUGGACUGUUCCUGAAGGGCAUUGGAUUACAACUUGAGGAUGCACUCCGAUUCUGGAGGUCAGAGUUCACCAAGAUGAUGGAUGGAGACAAGUUUGACAAGUCCUACUCCUACAACAUUCGUCACAACUAUGGGAAGGAGGGUAAGCGAACAGACUACACUCCGUACAGCUGCAUGAAGGUGAUCAUGACUAACGCGCCGGCAGUAGGCGACCAUCACGGUUGCCCCUUCCGCCACACGGACCCCGAGCUGUUGAAUCAGAGGCUGCAGGGGUACAGGGUCAACACCACCGGGGUUCAGGAGAUCAUAGAGCUAGUCAAGGGAGGACAUUACCAGCUUGCCUGCACAAAGUAUUUCGAGAUCACGCACAAUGUGGAUGAUGCUGGUUUUGGACUGAACCAUCCUAACCAGUAUUUUGAGGAGAGUCAGAAGGUGCUGAACGGAGGGCAUGUCCCCAAGACUGCACCCCGCACACCAAGCACCCAGAGGUCCAAACCCAUCAAGAAGGAGACUGAAGACUUUGAUGAUGACUUCCCCAUGGAUGAAGUGGAACACCUGCUGACUGCCUCCCAAGAUGUUGUAGGGGAAGUAGCACCAGAAUAGUUUACACAUCAGACAGGUCAUCCUUGUGGGUGUCAUCCCAUCACACCUGUUAACUUUUGUUUAUCAUUCUGUUUGCAUUGACAAAAGCCCUCUGAUGAAAA